AUGUCUCGCAUGCCCAUUCGUACCUUCCUAGUCCUAGCAAAACGCCAUCUCCAGCAAAACAUCCACAAUCGAACAGGCUCAGCAUCUUUCGUUCUCGGCAAUGAGUCCGCCGAUCUCGAUUCAAUCACCUGUGCGUUAGUAUAUGGCUAUAUCCAAUCCAGUAGACCCGAAGCAAGAAGAAAGAACAGUCUCGUGAUUCCUGUGGUCAACAUACCGGCUGCAGAUCUACCACUUCGACCGGAAUUGACUGCACUGCUUCGCCACGCAGAUGUCAAAUCCGAGGAUCUGGUUACCCUGGAUGACCUCAAACCUUUGCCACUACCUUUGGACCAUACAAACUGGACGCUGGUUGAUCACAAUGCCAUGACCGGUGCUCUAGCCGAGCACUACAGCAAGUCUAUAACAGGCGUAAUCGACCACCACAAUGAUGAGAAGGCCAUCCCUUUUUCUGCGGACCCACGCAUCAUACAGAAAUGCGGCUCCUGCUCCAGCCUCGUGACAAACUAUCUCCGCACCACAUGGGAAGACCUAAGCUCCUCGAGUAGCACAGUAGGAGCAGCAAACGCCCAGAGCAGCGACGGCCUCACAGACGACUUCGCAUACACCACCGGCUGGGACGCCCGAGUAGCCAAACUUGCUCUUGGCAGUAUACUAAUCGACACCUUCAACCUUACCGACGAAAGCAAAGUUACAGAGGACGAUAAGAAUGCUGUCCGGUAUCUGGAGGCGAAAAUCAACGCUUCGAUGAGGUUUGGGAAGGAUUAUGAUCGAGAGAAGUUCUUCGAGGAGAUCAAUGCUGCGAAAGUUGAUCUUGAAAGUUUGUGUGUGGAGGAUGUGUUGAGGAAGGAUUAUAAGCAGUGGAAAGAAGGCAAUCUGACGUUGGGGAUCAGUAGUGUCAUUAAGCCUGUUGAGUGGCUUCAGCAGAAGGCAGGGAACGAGAAGUUCUCGCAAGUUCUGGAGGACUUUGCGAAGGAUCGUGGGCUUGAUCUUUUUGCUGUUAUGACUGCUUACACAGCUGAAUCCGGGAAGUUCGCUAGACAGAUGAUACUGUCAGCCACAUCCGACAACGAAAAGGCAACAGGAGUAGUGAACGAUUUCUCCAUGGAGGCUGGUGCUGAGCUACAGCUGGGGGAAUCCGAAGUACGGAGUCAGGACGAUUCUAAUCUUGGAGUCAAGAUCUGGAUACAGGGGAAUGUAGCGGCUAGCAGGAAGCAGGUUGGGCCUAUGCUAAGAGAGGCUAUGCGAUGA